UGUGCAAUGCUUGUGCUUUCUGCCAUUGUUUGAGAAUCCCUACCAACUCAACAGUUCUCUUCAUCAGCGGAAUUCCCGUUGAGGUUGUGUGGGUUGCUCUCCACUCUUUGCUGGCCCCUGGGAUCAGGGAGUUCACAAUGCAGGGAGCCACUGAGUCCCAGGGGAACAGGGCAGGUACUGUCUAGCAAGCACGAUGGGAGGAGGGAGGAGGCGGCCAGCCGGAGGAAAGCAUCGGGGCCUAGCCUGACGCAGCAGUAGCAGCGGCAGUGAAGGAGGCCCCCGCCAGAGCUCCUGGGCUUCAGGAUUCAGUCUGUUCUCCCCCUCCUCCUGCCUAGCAGGGUCACAGGCGGGCUUCAGACGCCUUCAACCUCAAGCUCUAGCCAAGGGAGGUGCCCUCCGAGCUCUCUAUGGAAAGGGGGCGGGGAUUGGACUCUGUGAAGAAGAGAGGGAGGGAGGAGCGCUCUUCGCCUCUCUCCGCUGGUGGCCGCAGGCGCCCUGCUGCCUCUGUCCCAGGGCGGGGCUGCAACCAGAGCAGGGACUGUAUUAAGAGCUUGUGAAUGUUCGCGUGGACCAGGGCCGCGCGGGCCCCGCGCCUCCUACGGCUCGCUCCCGCGUGCGGCUGUGUAUGUUCGCUUCUUGUCACUGUGUGCCCAGAGGCAGGAGGACUAUGAAAAUGAUUCACUUUCGGAGCUCCAGCAUCAAAUCGCUCAGCCAGGAGAUGAAAUGCACCAUUCGACUACUGGACGACUCGGAGGUCUCCUGCCAUAUCCAGAGGGAGACCAAAGGGCAGUUUCUUAUUGAGCACAUCUGCAACUACUACAGCUUGCUGGAGAAGGACUACUUUGGAAUUCGCUAUGUGGACUCAGAGAAGCAAAGGCACUGGCUUGAACCUAACAAGUCCAUCUUCAAGCAAAUGAAAUCUCAUCCACCAUACACCAUGUGCUUUAGAGUGAAAUUCUACCCACACGAACCCUUGAAGAUUAAAGAAGAGCUUACAAGGUACCUUUUAUAUUUGCAAAUUAAAAGAGACAUUUUUCAUGGUCGACUGCUGUGUUCCUUUUCUGAUGCUGCCUAUCUGGGUGCUUGUAUCGUUCAAGCUGAGUUUGGUGAUUACUAUCCUGAUGAACAUCCUGAGAAUUAUAUCAGUGAGUUUGAGAUUUUUCCCAAGCAAUCACAGAAGUUGGAAAGAAAAAUCAAGGAAAUUCAUAACAAUGAACUCAGAGGUCAGAGCCCAGCGAUUGCUGAAUUCAACUUACUCCUGAAAGCUCAUACACUGGAAACUUAUGGGGUGGAUCCUCACCCAUGCAAGGAUUCAAAAGGUGCUACAGCAUUUUUAGGAUUCACUGCUGCAGGUUUUGUGGUAUUCCAGGGAAAUAAAAGAAUCCAUUUGAGAAAAUGGUCAGAUGUCUGCAAAUUGAAGUUUGAAGGGAAGACAUUUUAUGUGAUUGGCACCCAGAAAGAGAAAAACGCUGUCUUGGCAUUCCAUACGUCAACACCAGCUGCCUGCAAACAUUUAUGGAAAUGUGGGGUAGAAAACCAAGCCUUUUAUAAGUAUGCAAAGUCCAGUCAGAUCAAGACUGUGUCAAGCAGCAAGAUAUUUUUUAAAGGAAGUAGAUUUCGGUACAGUGGUAAAGUUGCUAAAGAGGUGGUAGAGGCAAGCUCCAAAAUCCAGAGGGAUCCUCCUGAGGUGCACAGAGUCAAUAUUACUCAGAGUCGCAGCUUUCACUCCUUGAACAAACAGCUCAUCAUCAACAUGGAACCAUUGCAGCCCCUGCUUCCUUCCCCCAUUGAACAGGAAGAGGAAGUUCCUCUGGAUGAAGGUGCCCUGUUACCUAAAGUGGAUGUUUCUGAGCCCCUGGUUGCCAGCUCACCAGUGAAGGGAGCUCGGUGUGCAGAUCUUCCAAGUGAAGAGGAAGAUAAAGUAAAAGAAGACCCCUUGACCAUUUCUGAGCUAGCAUACAAUCCCAGCACCAGCCUGCUCCCUACCCCAGUGGAUGAUGAUGAAAUCAACAUGCUCUUUGACUGUCCAUCUAGGCUGGAGUUAGAAAGAGAAGACACAGAUUCAUUUGAGGAACUGGAGGCAGAUGAACAUGCCUUUUUGAUGGCUGAAGAGGAGGAGCUGAAGGAAGCUCGUCAAGCUUUGUCAUGGAGCUAUUCCAUCCUGACUGACCGUAUUUGGGUCAAUCCCCUGAUCAAGAGCUUCUCCAGGCUCCUGGUGGUGGGCCUGGGACUGCUGCUGUUUGUAUUUCCCCUGCUCCUCCUCCUUUUGGAGUCAGUCUCUCUGCCAUAAACAGACUCAGCAGGACCUGCGCAUGGUGGACCCAUCCAAUACCAGUUCUCCACAUUCCAACCUCUCUCUCUCUCUGACUGUGUGGAUAAAUUUGUAAGCCAGCAAAGAAGGCUCAGCUGUCAUCACUUCAGAGAGGAAGAAAGAAACAUCUAUUAGCCUCAGACUUCAGUUGCACUGGCCCAUCCAUUAGUAAAGCUGAUUUGAACCAUCUUCUGUGUCUUUUAUCUACUGGGAAUUGGAAUAGUGGCAUGGUGCUGGGUAAUACUUAGGAACUUUAACUUCCAGUGUCAUGAAAAUAAAGGAAAGUGUACAGAAGGUUGGUCUUGGCUAAGUCUCUGGUAUCCAAAGAUGUUUCUCACCAACAUGGGUCCUCACAGCCUUCAUAUAUGAAAGGAGAAACUAGGAAUCAAUCAGUAACUAAUAAAGGGUUGACUGGAACCACAUAUCCCUAUUCUACAGCCGUAGUUACUGCAAAUAUCUCUUUAGAAGGGGU